AAAUUGCGCGAGGCAAGACCAAAGUUACUUUCUUGCCUCUGGCUUCCAGGGGGCGCUGCCUGUUCGUUCUGCCUGCCCAGUCAAAACGUGCGCUGGGUGCGCAUCAGGGCUGGUGAAAUUUCCUGUGAGUUUUACAACUCCCUUCGGCUCCUUCAGACUGCCCGGCUGCGGGUACCGCCGCUUGAGACACCCACACAUAGGGGAGCGCCAAGGAGUAUUGUUUUUUAACCUCAGGGACGGAAUGGACCAGGCAAGGAAGCGGCGACUCCCUCCGCUGUUACUGCUACUACUAACGCUUGCCUUGACUCCCCAUGAAGCACAGUCAACAACCUUUAAAAUCACCAUUCCUUACACACUCUAUAUCUGCCCCGAAGGUCAGAAUGUCACCUUGACUUGCAAGCUCAGUGGGUCUCUUGCAUACCCACAUGAUUUUAUUUCCAAAUUUUGGUACUUCAGCAAUCAGGGUGACGAGAGCUGUUAUCAGAGACAACAUAUUCGCAAUAUCACGAUAAAGGAGCUGCAUCAUGAAUUAGAGAAGCAGCAUGGAUUACCUGGCAGUAACAACACUGGGCAGCAAGUGAGCCAUCAUGGUCUGGCUUUCUCCUCGGAUCACCAUGGGACAUUCCACAUCACCAUGGCAAAUCUUACUCUUCGGGACAGUGGGAACUACUGCUGCUACGUGGUAGAGGCUAAAAAGGAGCACAACAAGGCACAUGCCAAGCAACAGGCUCAUGGUUUCAUGGAACUUCGUAUACAGAAAGCAAAUGGUACUCUUUCAAACUGUACAUUUCAUCAUGCUGCCAGCACAGAGCGUGAAAACAUCACAGCAGCUGCACUUGCAACAGGGGCCUGCAUUGUGGGCAUUCUGUGCCUUCCCCUAAUUCUUCUCCUCAUUUACAAGCAGAGAACAGCAAUUGCUAACAGACGUGCUCAUGAGCUUGUCAGAAUGGAGAGCAAUGUCCAUGGCAUUGAGAAUCCUGUCUUUGAGGCCAUCCCUACCAUUAAUUCGGAAUCCAAAGCCAGGCCACAAUUAACAUACAUGGCCAGCCGCCAGUUAUCGGAGUCAGGCCGGCAUCUUCUCUCAGAACCAAAUACUCCACUCUCGCCCCCACUCCCAGGAGACUGUUUCUUCCCAUCACUGGAGCCUGUUCCUGAUUCACCAAACUUGACAAAUGUAUAGUAAAGUUUCCCAAGAAGAAUGUCUUUCACUGAAUCUUUGACAACAAGGUUUUGUGUGUUGCAUUAAACAAACAAAAACAGAGAGGCAGGAGGGGAAAGCAAGCAUAUUUCUAAGGGGAACAAACUUGGUGCUUGUCCUAACUUUUAAAUUUACUCCUGUACUCCUUAAAUAUUUGAAGGCUGAAAAUAAGUUCUGGAAGACAUUGAGGUAUUGAAACCUUCUGGAAUUCUGCUGGGUUUUUUCUUUUACAUCACAGAGUGGAUGCUAUUACAACAUAUUACGUUGUGUGUAGAAGACUGGAGAAGAGAUUGAGAAAAAACUUUUAAAUUCUAAUUGGAGCAAGGUGCGAUGAAUUAUGAAAAUUACCACCGAAAGCCUUAAAAACUGAACAAGGAUUUUAAUAAUUUUAUCCCUGCAAGCCUUGUCCCUUGGAAAUAUGUCCCUUGGAAAUAUGAUUUUUUAAAAAAAACAACUUCAAAAGUUUAUUUCAGAAAAAGCAUUUUAGGCAGGCUAUGACUUUCUUUAUACAGAUUAUAUUGUAUAUAUAUUAUUUUUAAGUGUACCAUUUUGGCACAGCAACAGCAUAUUUUGCUUGUAUCUUGGCUUCAAAAGAUCACAUACAACAUGAAAAACUCAGUACUUUGCUGGAGUGUUAACCAA